AAGUGGAGGAGGGCCAGCAUGUCGGGCUCCAAGGGGAACUGAAUACGCGGAGCCGAUCAGCCAGGAUGCACCUCAGUGGCCCAAGUGGGCCGCAGGCCCUUGUGAACGACAGUUCUGGAGAUGGAGCCGUUUUCCCCAUGGGUCACGGCUAUCCAUCGGAGUACCAGCACAUGGUGCACUCCCACUGGCGCGGAUUCAGAGAGGCACCCAUAUACUACCACGCUGGCUUUUACAUCGCCUUUUGCGUCCUCAUGCUCCUGAAUCUUUUCGGAAAUGGAUUAGUCAUCUGGAUAUUCUCAACAUCGAAAUCACUGCGAACUCCUUCCAAUCUGCUGAUUCUGAACCUGGCCAUCUUCGAUCUGUUCAUGUGCACCAAUAUGCCCCACUAUCUCAUCAACGCGACUGCUGGCUAUAUAGUCGGAGGAGAUCUCGGCUGCGAUAUAUACGCUUUGAACGGGGGCAUCUCCGGAAUGGGGGCUUCCAUAACGAAUGCCUUCAUUGCCUUCGAUCGGUACAAGACAAUAUCGAACCCCAUUGACGGACGACUAAGCUAUGGCCAAAUUAUCCUGCUGAUUAUUUUCACUUGGUUGUGGGCCACUCCGUUUUCGGUGCUGCCCUUCUUUCAAAUUUGGGGACGUUAUCAGCCGGAGGGCUAUCUGACCACCUGCUCCUUUGACUACCUGACCAACACGGAUGAAAACCGGCUGUUCGUGCGCACGAUCUUCGUGUGGUCCUACGCGAUUCCGAUGACCAUGAUCCUGGUGUCCUACUACAAGCUCUUCACCCACGUCCGCGUCCACGAGAAGAUGCUGGCGGAGCAGGCGAAGAAGAUGAACGUGAAGUCGCUGUCGGCCAACGCCAAUGCGGACAGCAUGAGUGUGGAGCUGCGGAUCGCGAAGGCGGCCCUCAUCAUCUACAUGCUGUUCAUCGUGGCCUGGACGCCCUACUCGGUGGUGGCCCUGAUCGGAUGCUUCGGGGAGCAGCAGGUCAUCUCGCCCUUCGUCUCCAUGCUGCCCAUGCUGGCCUGCAAGUCGGUGUCCUGUCUGGAUCCCUGGGUCUACGCCACCAGCCACCCCAAGUACCGCCUGGAGUUGGAGCGCCGGCUUCCCUGGUUGGGCAUCCGCGAGAAACAGGCCACAUCCGGAUCAUCUGGUGGGCAGGAGAGCGUGGCCAGUGUCAGCGGCGAUACCUUGGCCCUGAGUGUGCAAAACUAAUGGCGAGAGUCACAGGAUUAACGAAGUACUUGAAAGUUGAUUAGUUUUAAGGCGCAAUGAACUGAAAGAGUUCCAAAAAUACAAACCAAAAAAAAGCUGGCAUUGAAAAAUUAUACAAAGUAUCUUUUGAGGCGAAUUGAAAACUGGUGGUGGUGUAAGAAAUAUUAGUUAUUAGAAUAAGGAAGUCAAAUCUGGCCGUUUCCACCCUAUACCUUUUUCAACUUCACUUGUUUAAAAGUUUCUUAUGAUUUUUUUUUAUAUUCGCGUGAUGUGCUUGGGUUUCCGUAAUUAUUAUAACACAUUAUAUUAUGUUAUUAUAACAUAACAAAGGUAUUUAAAACACACCCAGCCAGUUUUUCCUUUUGUUUCAAUUUGUGUUUUUUAUUUUUUCGUGAAUUUCUAUAAAAUUUGAUAUGUUACUUUCAUCUGAUAUGGCACUUUUAAUAAUAUGUAUUAAUAAUAUGUAUGUAUUAUCAAAUAUAACGUUUAAACAAUA